AUGGCACAUUUCGGGUUCAACACGACCGGCGACGAGAUCGUCGAAGCAUUCCAAGACCAAGUCAAAGACCGAACCUUCCUCAUUACUGGCUGCUCUGUGGACGGCAUUGGAGCAGAGACAGCGUAUUCCCUAGCGAAGGCCAGCCCUCGUCUACUGAUCCUGGCGGGUCGCAACAUAAGCAGCCUUCAACCAGUCAUUGACCGAGUCGAAGCGUCUGGCGUAAAGACAGUGUUCCUGCAGCUCGACCUCAGUAGUCAAGCUUCUAUCAAAUCGGCCGCGCAGUCCGUCCAAGACCUUGAUGUUCAGGUCGACGUCUUGAUCAACAAUGCUGGCAUCAUGGCAUGCCCAUAUGCCUUAUCAGUCGACAACGUCGAGACACAGUUCGCCACAAAUGCUGUCGGUCCUGCGUUGUUCACCUACCUCUUGCUCAAGGCCAAUCUCAUCAAGCAUCGCAUCGUCAGUGUCAGCAGCUCAGCCUCGGUGCGCAACGCCGAGUAUGUUCUCGCAGCGCUGGACGACCUCACCUACGGCAACGGCACAACUUACAGUCCGAUCGCUGCAUACAGCACUUCCAAAGCCGCACUCAACCUCUUCACGUCCGAGCUCUCCGCCAAAGUAAAAUCUCAUGGCAUAUCGGUCUUUGCUCUUAAUCCUGGCUCGAUCAAGUCACCUCUGCAGCGAUACAUCACCGAGGAGAUGCGCCAGGCGGCUUUUGCGGCAGCGAAAAAGGAAAAUGCAGAUUUCGUCCCGCCUGUGCGCAAGAGCCUGCAAGAAGGAUGCGCGACCCAGCUGCGUGCUGCGUUGGACCCGUCGUUGGAGGCACGGUCGGGCUCGUACUUGGAUGAUUGCCAGGUUGCCAACUAUCAGCUGCUCGAGGAUGCGAAACCCGCGGCAAGCAGGGUCUGGGGUCUGCUUGAGCAGAUGACCGGGACCACAUUCGAGCUGGACUAG